CUGCGCCCGCCCCUUUCCUCUGGGAAUGCUGGGAUGUUUACAUUACUGGCACUGAUUAGAAAUGAGGAGUUGUUGAGACACAGUCCUUAAAACAAACCAAAACUUUUCAGCUAACUGCUGAAGCCCACACGUUAACAUUUGUUUGCCCGAAUGGUAGCCUGCCACGCAGGAGCGGCCCACAAACUUAACCGCAGCCCUUGAAAGAAAAGUAAGAGAAAGAAACCCGCCAUCAUCAAGACACUGCAGUGAGAACCAAGGCACUUCCUGUCUUUCUUUUUGUCUAGACUGGGUUGCCUUGUUCACUGUCAUGGACUUGUAACCAAGAGAAAUUGACCAACACGGGUACUGCAGUUGAUUGCAGAAAAGAAACUUGACAAUUCCACCGCCCCCCACCCCCCCCCCGGCUCCAUUUAGCUGUCAGUAAAUUCAUGCUUGUCCUGCUGGGGCGACCCUGGUGAAAGCAAACCACACAGCUAUUGCAGGCAGUCAUUUGUCAACCUGUCUACUACAAAUCCAUACUGCUAUAACAAAGAUCCAGGAUAGGUCAAAAGACAGUGGUUACCCAGGAUUUGGUAUACCAGGAACAAAGUGGCCAGAGGUGAAAGGGACUCCAUUCCUGCCACCAUGGAUGAACAACCGAAAGGCCAGCAGGCUGCAGUUCCUCAGUUUCAGCCGCAGAAGCCACUGCGGCCAGAUAUGGGUCACAAUGCACUUGCAAAUUUUCAGAUUGAGAAGAAGAUUGGACAAGGACAGUUUAGUGAAGUGUACAGAGCAACAUGUUUGCUAGAUUCCAUGCCAGUAGCCCUGAAAAAAGUGCAGAUAUUCGACUUGAUGGAUGCCAAAGCUCGUGCAGAUUGCAUCAAAGAAAUAGAUCUCCUAAAGCAACUGAACCACUCAAAUGUAAUUAAAUAUUAUGCAUCAUUCAUUGAAGAGAAUGAGCUAAAUAUAGUCCUGGAGCUUGCAGAUGCUGGCGACCUUUCACGAAUGAUAAAGCAUUUUAAGAAACACAUGAGGUUGAUACCAGAGAGGACAGUCUGGAAAUAUUUCGUUCAGCUGUGCAGUGCCUUGGAACACAUGCAUUCUCGACGUGUCAUGCACCGAGAUAUUAAACCAGCUAAUGUGUUCAUUACAGCCACCGGGGUAGUAAAAUUAGGAGACCUGGGACUUGGCCGAUUCUUCAGCUCAAAAACUACAGCAGCACAUUCUUUAGUGGGUACCCCUUAUUACAUGUCUCCAGAGAGGAUACAUGAAAAUGGAUAUAACUUCAAAUCUGACAUCUGGUCACUAGGCUGCUUGCUCUAUGAGAUGGCUGCCUUACAAAGCCCAUUUUAUGGAGAUAAGAUGAAUCUCUACUCUCUGUGUAAGAAGAUUGAGCAGUGUGACUACCCUCCUCUUCCAUCCGAUCACUAUUCAGAAGAGCUGAGAAAGCUAGUAGAUCUGUGCAUCAACCCUGAUCCGGAGAAAAGGCCCGAUAUUGCUUAUGUGUACGAUGUAGCAAAGAGGAUGCAGGCUUUUACCUCAGGGAGCUAAGAAACAGGGCAGAAGAUUUCCCAGUGUUUUCUGCAGUCACCCACUCCCAAAGACAGUGCUACAGAUGUCAUUGGGACACAUUGAGUACUUCAACUAUUUUAUUUCUGGCUUCCGUUAAGCACAAGUGUUUACUAAUGAAGCCCAAGAAGGGUGUGGUACUGGGUGUUACUCUCAAGGUUUAGUGGCAGUAAAAAUGGAAUGACACAAUUCUUAAUGUACUUGCUUGGUUUGUGUUCUGUUAUUGACAUCACAAGUUUAAACUGCUUAUUUCAUAUAAAGAAUUUGAAUUCCAUUAGAGUUAGGGAAAAGCUUUAAGUGUCUAUUUUAUUGUUUUUUGUAUUUUUUUAUGCUUUAGUUUUAAAUGUUAGUAGUUUUGACACAUGCCAAUAUAAUCCAUUUUUAUUACAGAAAGCAACAUACAUUACUGUGGCUGUUGUGUAGUUGUACACUGUGUCUGCUUUUAAAUGGGUAAUUCAGUAAAAUGAAACUGGAGAUGUGUGCUUCCAAUUUGAAGUCGCUUAAAAAUCUGGUACUCUUGGCAGUGUUGCUGGCAGAAAAUGGAUUUUGAAAGUAGAAAUGGUGCCUGCUUUACCCUAAUUGCAAAAGUAUUAAUUCAGAAAAUGACAAAGUUUACACAAGGUAUAAGCUCCAUAGGUUUCAUCAAAUACCCAAUUUGGCUCUAAGUGAGAUUCAUAUUAAGUAUAAUUUCCUGUUUAGCAACCCGUCCUGUCAAACGAGUGCAGUAAUUAUUUUAAAAAGUGGCACUCUUGCUGUGUAAGGAAGCAUUAUUUACAUAAAUUGUCCAUGUCAAAACAAUGUUUGGACUAUGUUUCCCGUACAGAUGAACGUGUUUCUCUAUGGACCUAUUGGUCCAGUUACUGCUCACUGUAAUGUACAACUCCUACGUUUUACUAUAUAUAUUUCUCACCCAAUACGAUGUGCCUUAUUAAUUGCAGAGCUUCUGUAUUCCAUUACUUCUACUCUUGUUUCUUUGUUGUUCAAACUGUGCACACCUUUCUGUAGUGAAGCUUAUUGCAUAUUCUCUGCUCAUGAAGAAUCUCCUGAUGAACUUGAUAUCCCAUAAUUUCAGAUUAAACCACCCAUGCUUUAUAUUACAAUCUGGUUGGUAAUACAGUAUGGAGCAAGUAUAGGUUAUAUUUAAUGAAUUGUGGCUCAAGCCAUUGCACUGUUACGAGCAGGCUGGCUUUACAAUGUUUUGCUUUAUAUAGUGAAGUAAAAAUAAAUAAGUCUACCUUUUUUGUAGAACUGCAUGGUAGAAGACACAACAGAACUCGUCACAUAGUCUUAGCAUUCAUUUUGUAACCCAUAAGCCUCUACAUUUUAAAUUAGAACAUUAUCUGAAAUGUGUUUUGACGUUUCAAGGUGUAAAACAGGACAGGUGCAAAGAAACACCUGAACUGUUGUACAGUGAGGAAUGUUAAAAAAUAUUUAAUUCAAAAUCAGAUUAGCAUCUCCAGUACAAUAACCUGUUACAUAAUUAGCAGAUGCUUUAAGUUUUUAACAAAGAUGCCCUAGAAAUUUAUAGUAUAAACAGUGUUAAAUAUAAAAUACAUUUGAAAUGUAGAUUAAUGACUGAAAUUCCAGGGAGAGAGAAUUGAAUCUUGUAAAAACAUAAAAUAUCCACACUAUCUAAAAGAAAUAAAUGAAAAAAUACAAAUAUUUGAUUGGUACUUGCUUCUCGCACAUAUGUCUAUGUUUUUAGUAUCAAUUACAUGAUCUCAGUUCCCAUAUAUGCACAAUGCACUUGUGUAAUGCAACAAAUGUGACUUUUCAACUGUUACUAAAUUAUCGUAAAUAUUUUUUUUUAAUUAUUUUUGUUGUGUAUGUUUGUUUAACGUGUUAAAUAGUAUGUCCCCAUACAGAUGGAAUUACAGUGCUAAUAUAAGCCAAUGUUUUGCACAAUGUGAUUAUUUUGGCUGAUAAUUAUUUUACGUGAGUGAGCUAAUGCUGUGCUUUAUUUUAUUUUACUUUUUAAGUCCAAUUGUUAUAAAUUCAGUUGUACACAAAGUGAGUGAUUUAGUUUUGCUGAUUGACACAUGUAUGCCCAUAACAAACAAUUACAUUGUAAAAUGAAUAAUUACCUAAAAUGCACAAUCUAAUUUUCAAAAGUGGAGUUACUUCUUUAAUGUUGCUUAUCCUGUGUUCCCUUUUGCUAAAAAAAAACAAAAAAAAAAAAAAACAAACAACCUCUUGCUGUGUAAGGAAGCAUUAUUUACUAAUGAGUGUAAUGACAAGAAUGCCAAACUGAAAAUUAGUGAUUCAUCCUGUAUUUUUUUUUUCCCCAAAGCAAUACCGUUCAUAUAUUUAUAUAAGAAAGUAUAUAUUAUUCAGUGUUUUUUCUGUUUGUAAACUCAAAAGGAUUGUUUAUUUAGAAAAUCCAGGGUAACUGCAGACUGUACAGAAAUAAGAACAAAAUAUGCAAUUGAAUCUUGUUAAAGCAAGAAAAGUACUUUGAUUGGUUGACAGUAGAAAGGGCAAUCUAAAUUAUACCCAUUUUGAAAUGAUCUUUUUCUCAUUUCAUGGUUGUAUUUUCCAAUUAUACCAUCAAAAGCAUUCAAUUAAAGGUUCAUAUUAAACAUUAAUGCCAAUCCUAUUGAGUAUCUAUAUGCGUAAAGCACUUGGCAGUAAUUUGUUUAUAAAUUUUUUAAAAAAUACAUGCAUUGUGCUUCUACCACAAAACACCAUUAGCUGCAUACUGUAGGUGUUGCUGUGACUAUACCUCGUGUAUCAUGGUAUAUAAGUUGCAUUAUAAAUUAUUAUAUUAUAAUAACAAUGAUUCAUGUUAACUUGUUGCCUUGAAUAAAAAAAAAAGUAGUUUUGUUAUGCUUUCAA